CGUUACGGCAGUAGGUGCACAUCGGUGCACGUACGCGAUAGACGAAACGCGACCGCACGCCGAAAAUCGAAAGAAACGACGGGAAAGAAAGCGUCGUGUGACCAUCGGUGUCGAAACCGAGCUUCGUUUAAUGUCAUUUUCGUUUACAAGGUAUCUUUCUUUCACGUAAGAAACGUUACUCUUGGCCGGUGUUUCGGAAACAAUAAUUUCCAUCAAUCCGUGGCUUUAGAGCAUGGCGUCCGACGAGGAGGUGGACGAGAGUUACGCGGGUGAAGAUGAUUUAGAUGAAACUGGGGGUCAAGUUUCAAAUGUUGGUCAGCCAGUGGAUGGAUCGUCCGAUGCAGAAGAAUCACAGAGAUUAGAAGAAGACGAUGAUUACGAACCGGAGGAGAGGAAGAAGAAAAAAGGAAAGAAACGGAAAGCACGUAGCGAAGACAAGAAGGGAAAGAAAAAGAAGAAAAAGAAAAAAUCUGAUUCUGGAGAUGAAAGCGACUUUGGAGGAGGGGGCGAGACAGGCGAUGUUGCUGGAGACGAUAGUGACUAUGCAGGAAAUAGGAAAAGUAGAAAAUCUUCGUCGAGAAAAUCAUCUAGUCACACAGCACCGGCUCCUCCAAGCCAGGAGCCUACUACCGGCAUGCCUACUAUCGAAGAAGUUUGUAACACUUUCGGAUUGACCGAUGUACAGAUCGAAUAUACCGACGCAGACUUCCAGAAUUUAACAACAUACAAAUUAUUCCAACAACACGUCAGACCUCUUCUAGCUAAAGAAAAUCCAAAAGUACCGAUGUCAAAACUUAUGAUGUUGGUAGCUGCGAAAUGGCGAGAUUUUUCCGAAUUGAAUCCCCACACACAACCCGACGCCGAUGUGUCGUCUGCCAAUGUGGACGAAGAUAAUAGAAAUUCGAGGUCGAAUCGCAGUGGUGCUGUACAAGAAGGCGAAGACGAAGAAGACGAUGACGAAGACAGCGAUAGAAAACGAAAAUCGAGAGGAUCCAGAGCCAAGAAGGGAAAGAAAGCUUCGAAAGUUCCCACGUUAAAAAUUAAACUUGGGAAGCGCAAACGAGGGAGCUCGGACGAGGAAGCAGAAGGGAGUGGAGCUGGGACCGACAGAGAUUCCGAUAUGGAGUUCGAACAAAUGCUGGCAGACGCUGAGGAACCUUCUGGCGCGGACGGUACCACUAAAGGGAAUGCCGAAGAGAGCGGUGUCGAACCCCCGGCAGAACCGCCCGUUCGCAGGAAGGCAAAAACUAAAAUUGGAAACAAAACAAAGAAAAAGAAAAAGACGAAAACCACGUCCAAGUUUCCGGAUGGGGAAGAGGGUCUCCAGACCGACCAUCAGGACUAUUGCGAAGUCUGUCAGCAAGGUGGCGAAAUUAUAUUGUGCGACACGUGUCCCAGAGCGUACCAUCUAGUGUGUUUGGAACCCGAAUUGGAAGAGACUCCUGAAGGAAAAUGGAGUUGUCCUCAUUGCGAAGGAGAAGGCGCGGCAGAAGACGACGACGAACACAUGGAGUUUUGUAGAAUAUGUAAAGACGGCGGUGAACUGUUAUGCUGCGACAGUUGCACCAGUGCCUACCAUACGCAUUGUCUGAAUCCGCCACUUUCCGAAAUCCCCGACGGCGACUGGAAGUGUCCCAGAUGUUCUUGUCCGCCUCUACGUGGAAAAGUAGCGAAAAUUUUGACAUGGAGAUGGAAAGAAUGUUCGGAAACGCCGUCGGAAGAACCUUCCACGAGCAAAGCUGCCCCGAAGCAACGGAAAAUACGGGAAUUCUUUGUAAAAUGGGCGGACAUGUCGUAUUGGCACUGCGACUGGAUCACAGAGUUGCAACUGGACGUUUUCCACCCGCUCAUGUUCAGAAAUUAUUCGCGAAAGUACGACAUGGACGAACCGCCGAAGCUGGAGGAGCCGUUGGACGAAAGCGAUUCUCGUGUGAAACGAUUGAAAGAGCAGGACGGCGCUACGAAUCGAGACGAGUAUAAUUUAGAAGAACGAUUCUAUCGUUACGGAGUUCGACCCGAGUGGCUUGUAGUGCAUCGAGUAAUUAAUCAUCGUCUCUCGAGAGACGGCCGGGCGACUUAUCUCGUUAAGUGGAGAGAGUUGGGGUACGAUCAGGCUACUUGGGAGGACGAACACGAAGAUAUCCCGGGCUUGAAACAGGCGAUCGAGUAUUACUUGGAUCUCAGGGCAGCAAACUGUUGCGACGGUAGUUCCUCCCGCAAGGGCAAGAAGGGUAAAGGUAAAAAAUCGAAGACUCGCGAGCUCAUCGACGACGAGGAAAGAACACCGAAACGAUACACUCCACCGCCCGAGAAGCCCACCACCGAUCUGAAAAAGAAGUACGAAAGACAGCCGGAAUAUUUGGAUCAGACAGGAAUGCAGUUGCAUCCUUACCAAUUAGAGGGUCUGAAUUGGUUGAGAUAUUCAUGGGGUCAAGGUAUAGAUACUAUAUUGGCAGACGAGAUGGGUCUCGGGAAAACCAUCCAAACCAUUACUUUUCUAUACUCGCUGUACAAAGAGGGCCAUUGCAAAGGACCGUUCUUGGUUUCCGUUCCUCUCUCAACAAUCAUCAAUUGGGAGCGUGAAUUUGAAACUUGGGCGCCCGAUUUCUAUUGCGUUACAUACGUUGGUGACAAGGAUAGCCGUAUAGUGAUCCGAGAGAACGAAUUGUCCUUCGAAGAGGGUGCUGUACGCGGUGGUAGAGCUUCGAAAAUCCGGUCUUCCCAGAUCAAGUUUAACGUAUUGCUCACCAGUUACGAACUAAUUUCGAUCGAUUCGGCAUGCUUGGGAUCCAUAGAUUGGGCAGUGCUCGUAGUAGACGAAGCGCACAGAUUGAAAUCGAAUCAGUCUAAGUUCUUCAGACUCCUGGCGUCCUACAACAUCGCUUAUAAGUUGCUAUUGACCGGUACCCCGUUGCAGAACAACUUGGAAGAGUUGUUCCAUUUGCUGAACUUUCUGUGUCGCGACAAAUUCAACGAUCUGGCCGCGUUUCAGAAUGAAUUCGCGGACAUUUCGAAGGAAGAGCAGGUGAAAAAGUUGCACGAGUUGCUCGGCCCUCACAUGUUGAGGAGAUUGAAGGCCGAUGUGCUGAAAAACAUGCCGAGCAAGUCGGAGUUUAUCGUCCGCGUGGAGCUGUCGCCGAUGCAGAAGAAGUAUUACAAAUACAUUUUAACGAAGAACUUCGAGGCGUUGAAUCCCAAGGGAGGAGGGCAACAAGUAUCGUUGCUGAACAUCAUGAUGGACUUGAAGAAAUGUUGCAAUCAUCCGUACCUGUUCCCAUCGGCGUCUCAAGAGGCGCCAACUGCGCCAAACGGUAGCUACGAAACGUCCGCGUUGAUCAAAGCUGCGGGCAAGCUAGUAUUGCUCAGCAAAAUGUUGAAGAAGCUCAGGGACGACGGCCACAGAGUACUAAUCUUCUCGCAGAUGACGAAAAUGUUGGAUAUUCUGGAGGAUUAUCUCGAAGGAGAAGGUUACAAGUACGAGAGAAUCGACGGCAACAUCACCGGUGCCCAGCGACAAGAGGCGAUAGACAGAUUCAAUGCUCCCGGUGCUCAGCAGUUCGUUUUCUUACUUUCCACCCGCGCGGGUGGUCUGGGUAUCAACUUAGCCACAGCCGAUACCGUGAUCAUAUACGAUUCCGAUUGGAAUCCGCACAACGAUAUUCAGGCGUUCAGCAGAGCUCACAGGAUCGGCCAAGCCAACAAGGUGAUGAUCUAUCGAUUCGUCACUCGGAAUUCUGUGGAAGAACGGGUCACCCAAGUAGCCAAACGGAAAAUGAUGUUGACGCAUUUGGUCGUUAGACCUGGAAUGGGUGGGAAGGGCGCGAAUUUCAGCAAACAAGAGCUGGACGAUAUUUUGCGAUUCGGCACGGAGGAGCUGUUCAAAGAGGAAGAAGGUAAAGAGGACGAAGCGAUUCACUACGACGACAAGGCUGUGGCCGAGCUGUUGGAUAGAAGCAAGGAAGGUAUCGAACAGAAGGAGAACUGGGCCAACGAAUAUCUGAGUUCCUUCAAAGUGGCAUCGUAUGUGACCAAGGAAGGUGAAACGGAAGAGGAGGCGGACACGGAGAUCAUUAAACAGGAAGCCGAGAACACGGAUCCUGCUUAUUGGAUCAAGUUGUUGCGACAUCAUUACGAACAGCAGCAAGAAGAUAUUGCCAGAACCCUUGGAAAAGGUAAACGAGUACGUAAACAGGUGAACUACAACGAUGGAGUGGUAACUGGGGAACAAGGGACGAGAGACGAUCAACCUUGGCAGGAGAAUCUGUCCGAUUACAACAGCGACUUUAGCGCGCCGAGCGACGAUGACAAAGAGGACGACGACUUCGAUGAGAAGGGUGACGGAGAUUUAUUGUCCCGCAGGAGCAGACGAAGACUGGAGAGGAGAGACGAAAAGGAUAGACCUCUACCGCCGUUACUCGCCAGAGUCAACGGAAACAUCGAAGUGUUAGGCUUCAACGCCAGACAAAGGAAAGCAUUUCUGAACGCGAUCAUGCGUUACGGCAUGCCGCCCCAGGAUGCGUUCAACUCUCAGUGGCUGGUACGAGAUUUGCGCGGUAAAUCAGAGAAAAAUUUCAAAGCUUACGUGUCGUUGUUCAUGCGGCAUCUCUGCGAGCCUGGCGCCGAUAAUGCUGAGACAUUCGCGGACGGUGUGCCGAGAGAAGGACUCAGUAGGCAGCACGUCUUGACGAGAAUCGGCGUGAUGUCGUUGAUCAGGAAGAAGGUUCAAGAGUUCGAGCACAUCAAUGGAUACUAUUCGAUGCCCGAGAUGAUUCGGAAGCCGGUCGAACCGGUGAAAAUAGAAGCUGGUGGUGAUGCGGCAACCGGGACCAGUAGUACCAGCGCCACACCUGUCACUUCGAACGCCCCUAGUCCAAGUCCUGCCGCAACUCCUACCCCGAUGUCUGCUCCCGUAACCGCGGCAGAUGCUGGUAAAGCAAAUACCGAUGUGGUCGAAUCCAAGGAAAUCAAGGAAGAACAAAAGGAUAAGGAGAGUUCUUCGGAGGCGAAAGAUCCGAAGGAAGAGUCGAAAGAUUCCAAGGAGGAUGACGAGAGCAGCACCGAGAAGGACAAAGACAAGGAAGACGUGAAGAAAGAGGACAAGGACACGGAUACAGAAACUUCGGACAAAGAAAAAGACAAAACGGAGACCAAGGACGAGAAAUCUUCGACGAAAGAAGAGAAAUCCGAAAGUAACGAGAACAAACCGAAACAACAGGACACCGAGGAGGAUGUAGAAAUCAAGGAAGAACAAAAGGAUAAGGAGGCGAAAGAUCCGAAGGAAGAGUCGAAAGAUUCCAAGGAGGAUGACGAGAGCAGCACCGAGAAGGACAAAGACAAGGAAGACGUGAAGAAAGAGGACAAGGACACGGAUACAGAAACUUCGGACAAAGAAAAAGACAAAACGGAGACCAAGGACGAGAAAUCUUCGACGAAAGAAGAGAAAUCCGAAAGUAACGAGAACAAACCGAAACAACAGGACACCGAGGAGGAUGUAGUGAUCGUCAAAGACGACGAGGAAGAGACCGAGAAGCGAGAGGACAGAGACAAUAAGGAGAAAGACGCGAAGGACUGUGACUCGGAGGUUUUGAAACCCAAACGGAAAUUUAUGUUUAAUAUCGCUGACGGCGGGUUCACGGAGCUGCACACGUUAUGGUUGAACGAAGAGAAGGCUGCGGUACCUGGUCGCGAAUACGAGAUAUGGCAUCGGAGACACGACUACUGGCUUCUAGCUGGCAUUGUUACGCACGGCUACGGCCGUUGGCAGGAUAUUCAGAAUGACAUCAGAUUCGCUAUAAUAAAUGAACCAUUCAAGAUGGAUGUAGGCAAGGGGAACUUCUUAGAAAUAAAGAACAAGUUCUUGGCCCGCCGAUUCAAGCUGUUGGAGCAAGCAUUAGUGAUAGAGGAACAGUUGAGAAGAGCCGCGUACCUGAAUCUAACGCAGGAUCCUAAUCAUCCUGCUAUGAGUCUGAAUGCUAGAUUCGCCGAAGUCGAGUGCCUUGCUGAAUCCCAUCAACAUCUUAGCAAAGAAAGUCUUGCCGGUAAUAAACCAGCGAAUGCUGUGUUGCACAAGGUACUAAAUCAAUUGGAGGAACUAUUGUCCGAUAUGAAGUCGGACGUGAGUCGUCUACCAGCUACUUUGGCUCGCAUUCCACCUGUUGCACAAAGACUCCAAAUGUCCGAGAGGUCGAUAUUGAGUCGUUUGGCUGCAACUGCGCCAGGCGGUAGCAGUUCUCAGUCUGGACAAGCAGCUCUCUUGGCACAACAAUAUCCUGCAGGUUUCUCUAGCGGUCAGUUGCCAGCCACUUUCGCGGGGCCAGCCAAUUUCGGCAAUUUCCGACCACAAUACUCAGUGCCAGGACAACCACCGCAAGGAUUCACAGCUUGAAGAGCGAUCGGUUGAUGAACACAGUGGCUCAAUCAGAAUAACUCGAGGUAGCACGGUACGCUGCCUACUUUGACACGAAAUCGUGUAUAUUGUAUUAUUUUUCGUACAUUACGAUUUCUAGCUGAAUUUUCAUUAGAGCUAAGAUUUCAAAGAAAACGUAAUAGGAAACACGUAUUACACAACCACAAAUCGGCGCGUAAUAUCUUAACAUCUAAAUUACAUUGAUUCUUGUAUUUAUUACAUGUAUAUUCGGCGUUUAGCAUCGAGGGUUUCAUGUCUUUUUUAUAUUUAUACAUGCGGUCUCUGUAGAAGGACGCGUAAAUUAUUUUCUUCAGAUCCAAUGAGAGCAUAAUUUAUAUUUCUUCACUGACCGGUGUAUCGUCAACCUUAACAAUAAGUACCAUUUUACUUAAAUAAGAGAAGAAAAACAACUUAUUUAAGAGAGACGAACAGUUAACACGACUCGCGGAAGUUUUAAAUAUGCUGCGGUUUAUAAUAAGAUGCGAUAAUUGAAACAGUCGUUUGCGUAAAUUUAUUCGCAAUCAUCUGUUUGUUUCAUUCGACAAUUUAAUUUUGGGAUCAUAUACUCGUACGAAAUAGCGAGAACCAACGACAGAGUACAAUGGCAAUCAUUUUAGUUAAGACUGACGUUGCAUAUUGUAUCUGAAAGAAAAAAAAAACGAAAAAAAAUAUUCAUUUCGUACAUUGUAUACGGGCUAUCGUAAUGCAUGGGUUUAUAUAAGCGAGAACAUGGUUAAGCUCUGUUUCCCCGUGUUUUCUUUUAAUUUUCUAAACGAAUUACGAAGAUCGUAGUCACACACACACACACACACACAAAAAGAAAAAUACGUUCGAUACUUAAUGCAAAUAUACGUGUCCUGUAUGAAUCGAUAUAUUAUAUGGAGACUAUAUGUACUAUAUAUUUGUGUGACAUCGCAGGAAACGAUUCUUUUGUUCGAAUCAUACGAAAGAACACACGCAGCGAAAUAAAUAGGUUUUACAUAAUCUUUGUACAUACUGUCGUUACAUUCUGCUUGCAUCGUAUGUCGGUACACGCAUCCAUCCAUCCAUACAUUCAUAGACACACGCAACAAGCAUGCACACGAACCCACAGACAUUCGAGUAUCGUAUAUAGUUUUUGAUAAAUAAAAUCGAAAGCGCGUGUCACGCCCCAUGCAUUAUGUUAGUAUUACGAAUUACGUGCGAUUAAAUGUAAUUAACGACGCGGAACUACGUUAACUGGUCUUUGAACAAGUAUAUUAAUUGUUCCAUCUUUUCUACCCCGGGGUCCGGAAAACACUAGAGCAUUUUUUAAUUUCUUUUUCGUGUUAAUCAGUUUUGCCAAAUUACUGCGUUGGCACAUAAUACGUUUUUAAGGGUAAUUUUAGAUAUUGUCUAGCUAAGAAAUUCAAACGAGAGCGUGAAGAGAGAAGAAUGAGAGCGAAAGAGAAGAGUGACUGAUUAAGUAUAAAGUAAAUCAAACCACGGAAAAUCGUUUGUUGUAUGUAUUAAUUCUACUGGAAUAAAUGAAUAAUAAUUAGAAACUAAA